AUGAUAGCCUAGACUAUGCCUAAGAGUUUAGAAAACAUUAGAAUCAAAGUAUAUUCAGAAAAAUCUGGAGUAUGGAAUUAAGGAAAAGUUAUAAAGUUUCUAGAAAACUCAAGACGAUUUAAAGUAGAAUUUGAAAAUGAAAAAGAAUAGAGAAUAGAUCUCACUAAGGUUUACUUUGUCAUUAAUUCUGAACCAAUUAAGUAGUCCAGUAGUACACUCCUGCCAAUUAAAAAAGAUAGCAAUAAGUACAAAUCUUAAGUAGUAAAAUUAUCUUGUAGCAAUAAACUACUUGGAAAAAGCUCAAAUAAAAUUCUUGGAAAAAGACCUUCCAAAUAAAAAAUCUAAAAAAAUUCUAAGGUAAGUGGCAAGUCAUUAAGUUCAAAGAGAUCUAAGUUUUCAAUGAAGGAUAUUGCUAUUGAUCCAAGGAUAGAUGAUCUAUUAGAAAAUGAAAUUUUGAUGGCAGAUUGUUAAUGGCAAAUAGCCGAGAUAGAGGGGAUUUAAAUACUAAGUAUGGAAAUUAGUGAAUCUAUAUUUGAUGAAGAUACCAUAUUCAUUCAACAAACAUUAUAAUAAGAGGAAAUCAAGACAGAUAAAAGAUAAAAUUUUGAUAAUCAAGAUUUAUAUCAAUUCUCUUUGAACCAAGGAAAUGACUAAAUUUAGCAAGAUAGUGAGGAAUAGUAAAUUCUUGAUUAAUACUAGAGCUUUGAAGAGGAUGAAUUAAAUGAUGAAGACUCAAUUAGUAUAAUACAAGAAUAGAAUUCAAAUCAACAACCUAAAGAAAUGUUUAAAUAAUAGAUAUAUACUGAACCUUUAGCAGGUUUUACAAUUUAGGACUCUGAUUGUAAGUUGCAAAAAGAGCAAGAAUAAAAUCCAGAGGAAAGCUAGAUUUUGAAAGAUCACAGUAAAUUUAGAAACCCUUAAGAGAUGAUGGAACAUCUACUAGGUGGUAGAGCUAAACAUCAGUAAAUUCCAUUUUUUACUGAACUUAUUCCUGAUUUCGAUUUUGAGAUGUUCUUUAGCGAUACAAUGAAGGUGUUCUAUAAACAGUACGAGGAUGAUUAUAAAAUCUGCUCCUGCAGCUCUUGUGAUAAACUUUAGUAUCCAAUUCUCAUUAAUAAGGAUAAAGACCCGAAUUCAUUUAAAGGAUUACAUGCAAUAUAUCUCUCUUAAUUUAUAAAUCAGCAAUAAGAUGCAGCCUCUAAAUUAGAAGAUUAGAGGUAAAAUUUAUAGGAUGAAAAAAUAAAUAAUAUUAGAGUAAUGUUUUAUUGA